AUGGCGACCAUCCACAAUCCGGCAGUCCCUCCGGGCUCAACAGUGCUUGUCACUGGAGUGAACGGUUUCCUUGGUUCGCACAUCGCUGACCAGUUUCUUCGAAAUGGUUAUAAAGUCCGUGGUACUGUACGUGAUCCGAUCAAGGAAGCUUGGGCCCUCGAUAUCUUCAGCAGGCUCUAUGGGAAAGACAAAUUCGAGCUCGUAGGUGUGCCCGAAAUGGAGCUUGAGGGGGCUUAUGACGAGGCUGCAAAGGGGGUUGAUGUCUUCGCUCACUCUGCUGCCUUCAUGUCAUUCGUUAGCGAGGCGGACAAGGUAAUUCCCGUCACUGUAGCAGGAGCGGUCAACGCCCUCAAGGCUGCGUACGCCGAGCCGACUGUGAAACGAUUCGUCCUGACGUCUUCGUCAGCCGCCGCAGUCGGUGUCCUCGACAGUGGCGUUACUGUGACCGAAGAGUCAUGGAACGUGAAAGCUGUCGAAAGGGCUUGGUCAGGACCGCCCUUUGAGCAGGAGCGGCCAUUGAUUGUCUAUGAAGCAAGCAAGACAGAAUCCGAGCAGGCCAUCUGGAAGUUCCACAGGGAGAAUCGCAGUAAGCGCCCAGAUCUCAUAGUAAAUGCAGUUCUGCCCAACUUUAUCGUUGGACGUACGGUUGAUCCGGUUGGCCAAGGCUUUCGGAGUAGCUGCGGUAUGGUCGCAUCCCUGUGGAAGGGAAAGGUGACACCUUUCCACCCCGCAGUUCCAAGGCAAUACUAUGUCGACGUCGAGGACACCGCCGUCCUUCACGUGGCGGCAGCGCUGUUGACACGCAUCCAGGAUCAGCGUAUCUUUGCCUUUGGAGGCCGCUUUAGUUGGGACGCAAUCCUGGACGCCAUGCGGAGGCUCGAUCCCGAGCGCAAUUUACCCGACAACUUUUCGGGCGGUGAAGACCCAAAUGAGAUUGAGCCUCGACAAAAAGCGGAAGAACUCCUGCAGGAGCUGGGACGCCCGGGCUGGACAAGUUUGAAGAAUUCGAUUGCAGCAAAUAUCAAGGGUGUAGAGUUGAAAGAACUGCAGACGGGUGGUAACAGAAAGCACAACCUAUAG